UAAAAAGGAAUAUGUUGUUUUUUCAAUCAGGCCUCGAGACUUCAGCAGAAGAGAAAACACCAGCAGCUCCUUAAGUUCCCCACAGAGACGAAAGCUGAAGUUCACCUCAGGAUGUCCGCUCCUGCAGUACUGGAGAAUAAUCCCAGAGGCUUUAUAACGGUGACACAACUGAUCCCAAAUGGACAACAUGGAGCUGGAGCUGGGGCUGGGAUCCCUGCUGGUGGGGUCCACAUCGUCAGGCUCAAUACUGUCGGGGCUCCUGUUGUAACUCAAAGGAGUAACAUUAAUACAGAAACAUCAACUUCUGCCAGAUUUGAGAUGUUCCUGAAAGUGCAGCCUACAGCACUGGGGGCUAUCCAAAUAAUAGUUGGGCUCGUAUCUUUUGCGUUUGGUGUUAUUACGACACUGAAUCCUAUAUUUUCUGGUACAGUAGCUGGAAUUCUACUCGUGGGCUCUCUUUUGUACAUUGUCGUUGGCUGUCUGUCUAUUGCAGCAGUAAACACACAUUGUAGCCGGUUGAUGCUGAUCUGUCAGAGACUUAAUGUAGCCAGUGCUGUUAUAGCGUCUAUAGCUGUCAUUUUUAUACCAAUGGAAUUUAGAUCAUUUACUGAUUACCCCCCAUGCAACUUCCCCCCGUAUUCCGAAAAAUGUGAGGCCUACCGAAGAUUCAGGAAUCAGGUCAAUGGGGUACAUGGAGUUCUGCUGGUUUUCUCUGUGCUCCAGUUAAUCAUCUCCAUUUGCAUCACAACCUGUACAUGCUGUACCAAACCGACGGCACCUGCUGCAUCUGCUGCAUCUGCGCCUCCAAGUUAUACAUCUUGCUACACAAUGUCCAAUUCAUUACAAACUCACAACGGCCAACAGAAUGUGUACUAUACUGCAAAUCCCAGCAACAAUGUAAACAACCCACCUAUGGAGGAUCCUCCAGCAUACAGUUGAAAUGGUUUAAUUAUGAUAGACCUGGAUGGAGGUCUCUGAUGGUGUGCUGAUUCAGGAGACUUUCUUUUAGACUAUGAUCUUUUAAACAAUUGUAAUUUUCAUGUAGAAAUGUGUAUAUAUGUGAUAUUCAGUAAUACUUUAACAUGAUUUGAGGUGUACUACACCAGUUAACCAAAUUAGUUUGGAAAAGGCUGACAAUAGACUUAAAUGUUGGAAAGUUGGGAAAACUGUAUGAUAGUAUAUCUGGUCUUUGCUUGGUUUCGUCUUUAUAUGUCAGUUUGUUUUUACUGGUAUUAUAUGUUUUAUCGGUUUCAAAGUAAUUACAAUGUACCAAAAUUACAACAAGGAGAAUAAGCACACAUGUCAUUAAAAAGAUAAUAUAAAAAAUAAAGCUUAAGAAUAAAGAAUAAAGUUUUGUUCCACA